AUGCGCGAAAAAUACUUACACAAUGGUGCCUCUAUUCCUUCGAUUGGCCUUGGGACCUGGCAGAUUCCUAUCAGCGGUGUUGUUCGUGCCGUUGAUUCCGCUAUCGACUGUGGUUAUCGACACAUCGAUUGCGCUUUUGAGUGUGAAAAUGAAGUCCAUAUCGGGGCUGCGCUGAAACGUCACUUUGAAGAAAAGGGUCUACGUCGUCAACAAAUAUUUAUUACUUCAAAACUUUGGUCCACUUUCCACCAAAAAGAUAGGGUUAUUGAAAACUGUAUAAGGUCCUUGCACGCACUCAAUUUGGAAUAUCUGGAUUUGUACCUAAUAAACUGGCCAGUUUCAUUAAAGCCCGGAAUAGAAGUUUUUCCUUUACUUCCAAGCGGCGAGCCAGACUAUGACAGUCCUAGACUAGAGGAUACUUGGACUGCCAUGGAGCAAUUAGUGAGAAGUGGCCUAGUUCGCUCAAUCGGACUUGCAAACUUCAACAAGAAGCAAAUUUUGCGCAUCCUCGAGUGCUGUGACAUACCACCGGCUGUGUUGCAGGUGGAAAGCCACCCCUACUUCCUCAACGAGGAAAUUAUCAAAUUCGCCCGUGGCUCAGGCAUGCAGGUUACCGCCUACGCAGCCAUAGGCUCUUCCUAUCUUGAGGCCAAAGAUAAGGGAGUUAUGCAUAUUCUGGAUGAUCCCGUGGUGUCCGCGAUUGCCAAGGUUCAUGGCAAGACAGCUGCGCAGGUUCUCAUUCGUUUCGCACUGCAAAGGAAUCUCAUAGUGAUACCGAAAAGCUUUAAUCCUGAGAGAAUUAAGGAAAACAUUGAGGUGUUUGACUUUGAACUCUCAUUCGAUGAAAUGGAGCGCCUCUACGCCCUCAACAGGGACGAACGAAUAAUCGACCCAGUGAGGAUGCGUAAUCACCCUGAAUACCCAUUCAAGGAUGAAUGCCUCCACGCCUGA